CCAUUGCGUUUUAAAGUAAUGCAGUCAUUACAGUCUUUAUUUACUUCUAAGAUGGAUAACAGGUUUGAUUAAAUAAACGCAGUUAACGGAGGAGAAAACGGUAUCAUGAAAUGGAGAUGACUCGGACCAGACCGUCCUUGUAUGGAGAAAUCGCUCAAGGUCUUGGCUUCUGGACGGACCGGUCAGCCGUGCAUGAGGCUGCUUCACAGGGCAGGGCGCUCCAGCUGGAGCAGCUGAUCCAGGGGGGGGCAGCCGUUAACAUCGUGGCAGUAAGCUCCAUUACCCCCCUGCAUGAAGCAUGUAUACGGGGACACACCAAAUGUGUUAGACUUCUGCUGGAUGCUGGUGCACAGGUAGAUGCUCGGAACAUCGAUGGCAGCACCCCGCUAUGUGAUGCCUGUGCAGCCGGCAGCCUUGAAUGUGUCAAGCUGCUGUUGGAGUACGGAGCAACAGUUAAUCCUCCAAUGUUUACCUUCACACCGCUACAUGAAGCUUGCAUGGGAG